AUGGCUGAUCAAAUUAGAUGUCAAAUUUCUAUGAAACUUAAAGGUAAACCUUAUGCACUAUUAGCGGAUGAAAGUCGUGAUGUGUCGGGUCACGAACAAAUGUCGCUUGUACUUCGUGUUAUUGAUGAUGAAAAGAUAAAAGCAUCAAAUCAUUUUAUUGAAGAAUAUUUGUUGGGCUUAAUUGGAUUAUGUUCGUUUGAUGCUCUAUCGCUUGCCGGUGCCAUUGUUGAUAUGUUAAAAACCUAUGAUAUUGAUUUAAAUUUGUGUAUUGCGUUUGCUAGUGUCAUAGCGGGUAAGAACGCUGGUGUACAAGCCAUUUUACGUGAACGAUUCAUGCCAAAAGCACUAUAUAUACAUUGUCAUGUACAUCGAUUAAAUUUGGUUGUUGCCGAUGUAUGUGUAUCAAUAUCCUAUGUUAGUGAAUUUUAUUCAAUUGUUAAAAAGAUUCACAACUAUUUCACAGCAUCAUGCGUUACUAAUAAAUAUUUCCGUGAUGCCCAAACUGAAUUAAAAUUAAGUAAGAAAACUCAAUGGUAUGAUCUAAAUUAUUUUUCAUUUUUAGCUCAUACAAAUCUAAAGUUGUGGGCCGACAUCCAUUGUGACUCUCGAUGGACCUCGAUUGAUGCUAUUCUGAAGAAUUACGAAGUUAUUAUUUUGGCUUUCAACAAUCUAAUUGACGACGGUGGCGCACGUGCUGAUGAUGCUAAAGGAUUAUUGGUGGUGGUUCGAGAGCCGAUGUUUGUGGUUACCUUGUUUAUCUUGCACAAAUUAUUGGGUCCAAUUAAAAUUUUAUCGGACAAAUUAAAAGCUAAAGUACUUGAUUAUGGCAAAGCUCAACAAUUAAUCACAUCAGUAAUUGAAGAACUGAAUGUGUCACGAGAUCAAAAAUCUUUUGAACAAUUAUUUGAAACAAUUAUCGACUUUUGUCAAAAAAACAACAUAAAUCUCAAAGACAAACCAAAAGAACAUCGCAAAAGAACUGUUUCUAUCAGAUUCAAAGAUUCAGUUAUUUCUAGUACCAUCGGACAACGUGAUGAUAAUCAAAAUGAAGAAUACUAUAGAACAUAUAUUUACUAUCAAUUGAUUGAGAAUAUAUUAGUAGAGUUAAAAGAUAGAUUUUCGUCAAAAAAUUUAAAUAUUUUAUUAAGCAUAUCAUCAUUAUGCCCAGAUAGCGAUAUGUUUUUACAUUUUGAAUCAUUAAGACCAUUUGCUGAACAUUUGCAUUUCGAUGUUGGUAUCUUAUUUAAUGAAUUAGCUGUUGUCAAACCAAUGUUAAAAAAUAAAUCAAUGAUCACUGUUAUUGAUUUAUAUCAAGAAUUAUAUCCUCUCAAAGAAGCGUUUCAAAUACUUGUUGCACUUAUUGAAUGUGCCAUGACUAUUCCAGUUUCUUCAACAACAUGCGAACGCACAUUUUCAAGAAUGAAACUGAUCAAAACAACAGUGCGAAAUACAAUGACUGCUGAUCGCCUGAGUGAUUUGUGUUUAUUAGCUGUCGAGCGUGAUAUUGAUGUAAACUUUGAGCAGCUUAUUGAUAAAUUCUCAGAUAUCCAUAAAAAUAGUCGAAUUAUGUUGAAAUAA